CUCUGUGCCAACUGGCAAGACUUGAAGCAAAGUCCGAUAAAACCGUGAGCUCCAGUCUGUGCGCUUACGGACAUUUCUGAUCAACAUCUCGACUGAGGGCCCUACAUAAUUCUCCAUUUAGCUUGAGAGGCACCUUUUUGAGGAAUAAUUGACGCUGAAACUGGCGGGGCUCAUCAUCUAUAGUCUACAUCACUCAGCCGCAAUAUCCACGAGUUUCUUGAGGCGGAUUCGCUUGGUUCCCUCUGUUCCUCUUAAAUCCUACAAGAGCGGGAAAAGGACGCCAGACGGCCGCGCUGCAUUGAAUCACUCAAGCACAGCAACUUGACUUCCAGAAUAACGGCAUUAUUAAGGCAUCGAACUGCCCCUUACCUACCCCAAUCUGCCGCCAGCGGACGUCAAGCUUAAGGAGUUGGCGGAGAGAGGAUAUGGAUAGGGACUGACGUGAUGGAAACACCGCAUAGCAAGGCUCUUCCAUUCUCCACACGGGUCCUGCAAACCACGGGCGUCACUAAGACGGACGAUGACCUGCUGCCAGCGUCUUACCGCGGAAAGGCCGGUGACGGUCCGAUACGACUCUACAUCCCGAGUGGCCGCGAUUCUGUAUUCCUCAAACAAGAGCUGGAUGUACAACGCCUGAGAUCUGUCUUCCACUGGCUGUGGAUAGCUGGUAGGCCAAUGCCGCCCCGCCCGCUGCACUACCAGCUUAUGUUGGGCCGGGACAUUGUGAUAACAGAGGAUAUGAACAUGCAUCUGGUCUGGACCGCUGGGCGGAUCUUCCUCAAGCCGGUUCCUCGCUACCUGCUCGAGCCGGCGUUUUGGGGCGAAUGUCUCUCAUGCCCACGAGACUACCCUUGUCUGGACGACCGUGACUGCCGCCAGGGACUUCGUCGGUUGGCGCUCGGCUUCCUUUCAUCUUAUGUGGCGAUGAUCAGCUAUGAAAGCGACUUUAUGAUCGCACAAGAGAGGCAUUUGCUUCCAGAGGAAGUGAAGUGGCGCCAUUGGAGGUCUCUUGCGUCGGAAAUUCUCAGCAUCGAAGAUAUCGACCGUCAGGUAGAUGCGCGCUUCCUCUACGGGGAGCUUCGUCUUGGUCGCCUGAAUAAGAUUUAUAUACUUUCGGGCCGGUCUGUUUUCAGGGGUUACAUGCCAAACUGGCAGCAAUAUGGGGCCUAUUUCCAGGACAACCUUGCUUGGCUUGCAACGGCGACCAUCUAUAUAGCUGUCGUGCUUACUGCCAUGCAGGUAGGAUUGGCAACAUCACUUGGAGAGAAUGCUGUAUUCCAGUUGGUCUCGUUGGGCUUCACCGUCUUCUCUAUAUUGGCACCUCCUGUCGCAGCUGUGAUCAUCCUUCUGGUGUUCAUACUCUUGUUCAUAGACAAUUGGGUCGAGGCUGUGUCGUUCAAGAAGAGAAGGUUCGAGGGUCUACAUGCAUGGAUAUGA